AUGUCGAAGAGUAUUAACUUGAAAAUGAUGGAAUCCGAUGAAACUUCUCACAGUGGAAAUAAGUUUACCUUGUGUUCCUCUAUUGAAAUGUCACCUAAGAUAUGGGGAAAAUUUCCGGAAGAGCUCUUUGAAGUGGUUGGGGCGAGACUCCCAGUGGCUACCUUCUUUCGUUUUCUUUCGGUUAAUAGAAAGUGGAAUUCCAUAUUGACUUCCCAUACCUUUCGAGACCGAUAUGAUAAAAUUCCCAUCACCCAACCAUGGGUAUACGCUGUCACCCACAAAAACGCAGCCAUGUACGAUCCCUGUUCAAAUAAAUGGUACCAUUUAAAAAAUCAUUAUUUCCAAGAGAAGAUGGAUAUCGUCCCUGUUGCUUCUGUUGGCGGUAUUGUUUGUUUUGUCAAUCUUCUUCAAACACGUUUCUUCGUGGGUAACCCGCUUACUCAGACACUCAAGGAGCUUCCUGCUAGGUCAAAAAUUAAUUGGCCUAUAGCAGUCGUUGGAAUGUGGAUGUAUGGAAAAUCUAUAGUCGAGGGCUACAAGAUCAUUUGCAUCAAUGGGGAGUUGGGCCAAUACAUAAUUUUUGACUCUAUCAAGAAUACAUGGUAUGAAUCAGGAGUCAUGCCGGCGAUUAGAAUGUUGCCGUUGUAUUUGAGCUUUCUCCCGCAGGCUAUCUCUAUAGACGAUUGUCUUUACUUCACGUGUUCGAAUCCAGAAGGUAUAAUCUCCUACAAUAUGUUGUCGGGAGUUUGGAAUCAUUUUUUAGUCCCGAAUCCUCGUGUUUUGAUUGCUAACCGAUUUCUCGUGGAAUGUGGGGGUCGGAUCAUGCUCGUUGGUUCGGUGGAAAGUGAAAUAGAAUCAUGUGUUUCUGUUCGCAUUUGGGAGUUACAAAAAAUGACGUUACUAUGGAAAGAGUUCGACAGGAUGCCAAGUGAGUGGUGCUUGGGAUUGAACCGGAAGAACACUAUCCACAUGAUUUGUAUAGGUAACAAAGACAUGAUCAUGUUGUCAUUUGUAUCUGAAAAAAGGAACAAGUUUGUUACUUAUGAUGUUUUGAAGAAAGAAUGGUUGCAAGUUUCUAUAAGGACGCGUCAGAGGUUAGAACGUGGAAUCACAUUUUAUCCUUGCAUUACAGCAACAGUUUAA